GUUUGCAAAUGCACCUUCCCACGUCUCAAAUAAAUUGUAUCUUAUAUACCAAUACUCGAACAUCCUAACUUCAUCAAGUCAGCCAUCAUGAAUCUACUCGACCUCCCAAACGAGCUCUUGUGCUCAUUACCGAACUACAUGCGCGACAUCGAGGACUUCGUGAACGCAGCCUCCACAUGUCGCAAGCUCCGCGACGUCUGCCAUGCAGCACACCCAAACACCAUCCUGCGCCUAGCAGCAUCUUCCGCCCCAACCUUCUUCUCCCCGCACCCCUACUUCCUCGUCGCGGCCACCUGCCGCCAGGUCGCCGACUGGGCAGUGGGAGACACUGAAAAGACAGCACAGCUGAACGAGGCCUUCCAAGGCGGUAUUGAUGGGUUGUACGACCUGUGCAUCGCCAAAGCAGGCCUAACGCUGCCCGAAAUCAGCCGCCUCCACCUAUCCCGCUUCACCAUCUUCAACCCGCUCGGCGACAAGAUUGACAAGAUGGCUGGGCGGCAGUGGUACGCGACGCCCAAUUUCUGGGAAGGCGGCGUGAGCGAGCCCAACACGGUCGACACGGACGUCGACCGUGCCGUGUUCCAAAUCCUGAUUUAUUCAGAGCUAUUCUCGGGAUUCAUGAAGGCCGUUUUGGAACCCGAGAAGCAGCUUCCCAAAUUUGACCUCGACACCCGGUUCGAGUAUAUCAAGUACUGUGUCCCCGAUUGGAAUUGUGCAAGGGGAUAUGAAGGCAUGCGUUCUUUUGCCACUGGGCCCUACGAUCCCUCGUUCCAAGCCAUGGGGAAAGGCUUUUGGCCACCCGCGGAUCAGGUCGCCUUGAGUCACAUCCUCAGCUGUAGCCGGUGGACGAGGUUGUGGGACCACGUAUUGGAACAUAUCGGUCCAGCGUUUGAAGAGGACUGGAAACAGGAGUUGUGGCGCAACGCGCCGCUGACGCUGGGGUGGGAAUGGUUCCAGCUUGUUACUGUGUUUGCGGAGCGUGAGCUUUCGGACAAGUGGCGGGCCCGUCUUUCUGAUGUGAGGAGCCAGGUUGAUGCCCUGGAUGGCCAAAGGCAUGUCCCGCAGAAGCGGGUUUUCACGAAGCGGCAUAUUGAAAUUUAUGAUAUUCCUAUUUUGGGUCGCGAGGUUGAGAUUCCGAUGGCGGCAUACUACCCGCCAGUCUGAAUGAGGGGGAAGCGUACUUACAAUCUCUGAGCUGGGUUUGGUGUAAUGCGGUGAAGACUGCUAGUAUAGGGGUAGUCGGGAACAGGAGACUUUCAUGAUUUCCUAGGCUACAAGGUGAUGAAAGCAAAAGAGGAAGAUUAAAACAAAUCAAAAUCACAUUGCAGUCUAAUCAACAACUUAG